GUUGUAAUGAAAAUGCAAUGAAACAUAACCAUAGAUAUGAGCAUAAUCCUCCGAAAUCUAUGCCCAAAACAUAGGUCCAAAACAAUACAUCACAUAAACAUAAGUAUCAUAUGUAAACAUCAGGUCACGCAAGGUUACGUUAUGACCUUAUGAGCAUGAGCUUGUUAUGAGUACUUAUGUGUAUUAUCUUGAUGUAUAUCAUGGUUUUAUUGUUCAUUAUAACAUAAGCUAAUACAAACCCAUUGAAUUGGCAUAUUUAAAUACUGUGUAAAAGAAUGACCAAAUCAGGUUUGUGUUUUCAACUGUAAUAUACCAGAAGGAAAAAUGUCUAGCGAAGUCAUAAUUACUGCAGAUACUGAAAAAGAACUUCUAGAGACAAUGACUGCAAUUCAAUUAAGUGACAAAGUAACUUCGCAGGGUGAGCUUUAUUGUGUAAAUUGUUGUGAGUUUUUAUGGCCACCAAUUAUGUUGGGAAAAAAAGGAAAUAUCUGUGGAAACUGCUGGAAAAAUGAUUCAAAGGGAUUUAUUCCUAACAUUGCUUUAGAGAAAACACUAGAAAAUCUGAGCAUUCGGUGCAUGAACUCUGAAAAUGGUUGCAAAGUUCGAAACCACUACAAAGAAAUGGCAGUACACAAGAAGCAAUGUACUUAUCGCAGUUUUUCUUGCCCAAUAAAUUCAAUUGAUCAUUGUGAAUGGUUGGGGUAUAAUAAUGAUCUUGUACAUCAUUUCAUUCAAGAACAUCCUCAAAAUAUUAUAAAAGCAGAAAUCAAUUCUGUUUUGUUAAAUGUUGAUGUAGAAAAUGAUGUGAAAGAGAUAAAAUUAAUGAUGCUAUCUGAUAGAAUCUUUAUAUCACUAAUAAGUAAUGACAUAGUUAAUCAAAUACUUUCAGUUACUGUCUUCUUUGUUGAUGACUUUAAAUCAAAAGCUAAUGACUACCAAUUUAUUGUUCAACUGAGUACUUCUGAGAAUGCAUUAAUUAGUCAUGAGACGAAUAAAUUUGAGGUAGUACAUAUUAGCAAUUACAAUAAAGAUUACAAUGAUGGACUUAAAAUAGACAUAGGUCUUUUAAAAAGGUUUUCAACUGACAGUUUUUGCAAAUGCACAUUUAAAAUACUAUCCAAUGUAUGUGAAAGCAAAACAAGUGAAGAACUUUUACGAAACUUUGAAUGUCCUGUAUGUAAUAAUUACAUGAGAGCACCAAUAUAUCAGUGCCUUUCUGGCCAUAGUAUAUGUAAACAAUGUAAACCAAAACUAAUGGAUUGUCCCAUCUGUCACUCAGAUUUGGGAAAUACAAGAAACUAUUCUUUAGAAAGUUUCAGCAAUGGCAUUUAUUUCCCAUGCUCCUAUUACCAUCGUGGAUGUGAACAAAGUUUUCUAGAAAAGGAUAUUAAUAAACAUGAAGGAGAUUGUAGAUUUAGAUCAUACAUUUGCCCAUUUGGGAAUACUUAUUGUGAUUGGAUUGGUUUACUUACAAACUUAUCGUGCCAUUUAAAGAAUGUUCAUACGGAUGCUACAUAUAUGACAAAUCAGGAAAAGUCAACAGCCCCUUUUUGGGUUGAACGACAUUUCUGUCAGACCUACUGCUUAAUGACCUACGGCGAAAUUUUUAGGGUAUCCUAUGAACAAGAGAAUGGACACCAGAAUUGGGCUGUACAAUUAGUAGGUCCUAAAAGUGAAACUAAAGUAUAUUCGUAUGAGAUAACACUGAUUAAUGAAAGAAAACCACAUAAAAAGCUCACAAGACUCGACUUGUGUCAAGAAUAUACAGGCAAUGACGACAUUUUUAACCACUCUGUAAAAUUACCUUCAAACAUACUUUCCGAAUUUACGAACAAUGGUGAACUCACUUAUUUGGUUAGGAUUUUAAAGAUUAGAAUAUAAUUUAAUUUAGACAGAAUGUAAGAUAUGUUAUUAUGAUAAUAAUUUAAGUGUGAAGUGUGCUAAUUUGUGUCGUCACUUAGCAAAAAA